AGAGCAGAACAGUGUGCUGAGUUGCUCUUUAGUGAAAUAAGUCCGUUUUCGUCCCGUGUAUAAGUAGCAGUGUCACAAGGAGACAUGCAAAGGAGGACAAGACAAGAGACUCAACAGAGCCCUUUCAAAGUGCCGGACAGUAAUAGCAUUUUGAAGUUGACUCUAACUAAAAAAGGGAACCAAAAAGAGGACACAGGUACGUUGAUGGCUUUGCAAGUUGAUGAGAAGACAACAUGCACUUCAAGAAUGAGGCCCAAACUAAAGACAGGGCCGGUAGGACAAGUGGAGGAGGAAGAGGAACAAAAAGAAAAGUUGAACAGUACAAAACCAACCAAGAUGAAAACAGUUUGCCAUAAACAAGCACCUGCCAGACGUGAGCUGAAGACAGCAAUGCUGAAACGAGAAAACAUAAUGAAAGACAGAAAACAAGACUUGAUCUCCAUGCAACGGCAGAAGGCUGAUUUGGAGUUAUCUCUGAUGACAAAGAAAUCUUCCAUUUUGAGGAUGGACAAGGCCAUUGCAAAAGAGGAGAAACGGCUGAUAGAGCUUGAAACAAUCGUCAGGGACGACAACCUUAAAUUUGAAGAGGUCCUCAGGGAUAAUGAGAAGAAGUCGGUCGCAGCCAGAACAUUUUUUGAACGGGAGGCCAAGUCCAAACAGGAGAAGCACCUAAAAAUCAAGAAGCUGACGGCAGAAUUAGGUUCCUUGAAAAGUGAACUCGCCAAGUUUGAAGAGAUCCUGAUAGACUACAAGAGAUACAAAGAGCUUCUGUUCAAGUUGUCUCCUCUGGAGUGGCAGCAGGCCCAGAAGACUAAGGCUUUGUCAUACAAAGACACUCUGGACGAACAGAACAGGGAAUCUGUGGAGUCAGCUUUUUGGAACGGUUUGGAGAGCAGUGUUUCCAGUCCAGGGAGAGAGAUCCCCGUCAUCAGGGAGACCAAGCUGUCCUCAGCCCACAUCAACACACCCAGUUCUACACUGGAGUGUGACAGCUUAGAAUAUGAGAAUGAGCCAGUGAUAUACUUCACAGAUCCUCAGCAGCUACUGGAUCUGGUUACAGAACUUAAAGAGCAAAACUUGUCCCUCAUUCAGAACUCCUCAAGAGUUGUUGAGACCCUGGAGGAGUUCCAUCAGUCAAUAGAGACCAUCAGAAAGAAAAUUGAAAAGGAUGAAGAGCAGCUGACGCUACAGAUAAACAACAUGAACCAGAGAAUUGAUAAAGAGAAGGCAAAAUGCAUCAAACUCAAACAGAAGGUUCAGUUCCACAUCUCACUGAACACAGAAGAUCAGGACAUCAUGUGGGACAGUCUGGAUAAGAAGGUAGCUGAGGUCCAUCACUGCUGUGUGGACGACAGGAUGACUAACCUCAGCACCCUGGAGAGGCUGGCCAAUAUUGAAAACCGACUAUCACAACUGCUUCAAAACAUUGAGAGCAUCCCUGAAGAAAGCUUAGGGAUGAUGAGGAAGUUCAAGGACAGUGAGAGGAGGAGCAGGCAUCGUGAGGAAAGGCUGAAGGAGCAGAGAGAGAAACAGAAGGAAAGGAUGAGGAGGUACUUGGAAAAAUCCCUGGCUGACUCCAAGAAAAUAACUACAAGAAGGCUCAUGCCCAGAUGCAUGCCUGUCGCCCAGAAGGUCAGAGAGAUCCAUGUGGACAACAAUUCCGCUGAUGAAGAGAUCGAUGUUUUCCUUUUCAAAGCUGAGGACAUAGAUUAAAGAGAAGAACUGUUCAAUUGUGUCAUUAUAUAACAGAGUAGAAUGAUGUUUUAGCUCAAGAGUGGAAAUGUGUUAAAAUUGAUUAUUUUAUUGUACAACCACAUUCAUGUCCUAGAAUCAAUAAGCAUGACCGAAAAAAAAGUGUGUAGUGAGUACUUUGUUAAGUACCGCAUCGAUUAGGCAAUUUAUGUCAUGUCCAUGAUGGGUACUCGUACUUGUGCUGAUGAUGAGCAACCAUACCGUGCAAAAGCCCACCUCUUCAAACCAGGACCAAGGCAGUGUACUUUCAGGAGCAGAUCUCACAACUGUUUCAAGGCACCCUCUGAUCUCUAUUUGUCCUCUGUACCUUAUGUUGCACCCUUAAAAAUGAACCAGUCAGAACAAGUCCAUCUUCACGUUUUGCCACUUUUAUUAAAGAAAAGCCCACGUUUGAACACAAGUUUACACACAGCGUCUCACCACUGAGCGUGUCUUAAAGGGACAGUGCCUUAUUCUUAAAAGGUAAAUAAAACUACAGUCAGUAAAUAAGAAUUCAGGUAAAUACUGUUUCCAACUGGUUUUAACUUGCAUUUAUGAAACUAUUUAUAUUACAAAUAUGAAUUAGCUUAAACACUUGUAGAAAUCCAAUAAAUUUUAGUUGACACAUUGAUAUCCUACCCUCCCCAACUAAAACAAUCAAAUGUUGACUAACAGUUUCCUGUAGGUAUACAGACUGCAGCAAAUACUUUAAACCUCAAGAUUACACUUUAGACACAAUUAGAUGAAUAUACCCAGUAUACAGUCACAUAAACAUUAAUUUAUAACCAGAGGUGUACUGUCUUUAUCUGUCGGUACUUUGUUAAGCCUCCCUAGUCCAUUAAGAUAAUAUGGCAAUAGCAGCAUACUACGUGUGUGUGUUUGUGUGUGUG